UGCAUCUUUGUUGUUCACGUGACAAAGCCCUCCGCAUACACUUUACUUGGGGGGGAAAAGGCAUUAACUAUGUUAAUGAUGGAUAGAGGCCACAGUCCAAGUGCUACUGUUUGCACAUUAUGUGGGGAGGCCUUCCAGCUUCCGGAGGAUGACAUCCCUGGCAACCUUCCUCGCAUACUUUUAUGUGGCCACAUCUUCUGCACGUUUUGCCUGCUGUCUGUUCAGUGUGAUGAUGUUAUUAGAUGUCCUAAUUGUGAGGUUGAGUCCGCUCUUCCGGAGGGGGGAGUAUAUGGACUGCAGGAAGACAGCAGAAUCGUGGGUCUUAUCUACACUGCUAAAAUUAACAAGAUGAAAAGAUCUAGAUAUCAGAAAAGGAAAAGACUGUUCAUAACUGGAGACAUCAACACCAACAUAAAGAAUACGGAGCAGCCAGCAGAUAUUAAGAAGAUUGAGAAAGCAGUGGAUGAGGCGUUGGUCCAAGCUGCAGAAAAUCUUGCCAAGCUGGAACACAUCAAUGAGACUCUGAUGGCUGGUGUGGUAGAAGAGGUGAAAAGAGAGCAAACGCAUCUAAAAAUGGAGAUCAAGCAGGCAACAGAUGAGGCUUUACAUGCUGUUCAAAAGUGGGCAGAUGUGCAGUUGCAUGGUUUGACAAAACCGGAGGCGCAAAUCUCCUCCAGGCAAGCAGUUGUGACCCAUGUCCAGGAGAGAAUUAAAGCCCUGGUGAUUGCCAUGCAGAUAGCCAGAGAAGUACGCCGUGUCCCCUUCCUGGAGCAGUACUGCAUCCUCGAUAAGGUACUAGAGACGCUACAGGCUCCUGUGGAUGAAACUUCCUUUGAUAUGAAAUGUGUUACUAAAGGCCCUGAAAUGAGCUGUGUUUUCCAGUCAGAGAGUCUGAGCCAGAGUUUGGUUUUGUCUCUGAAGAUGGAGGUCAGAAGCCCAAAGCACAACCAGCCAAACAACUCCAACACUAAAUCUCUGAAGAAAAAAGAGAAGAAAAGAAAUGACAGCUUGAUUCCAGACAGAAACAGCGCGCUCUCCACCCCUGAUAAACAGAAGCAGGAGAACCCAGAGGGUAACGAACCAUCAUCCCAAGGCUCCACUCCGAGCCCAAGACCUCACAAAAAAAGGAACUCUUCCGGCCACAGCCCAUCCUCAGACCUUAAAAGCCCAGAUGUAAUUAUUGAGGAGCUUUUUGAAGAGACGAGACCAGAAAGUGCAGCUCCUCCUACUGGCCCGGAGUUGGCCAGUAACAAAUGGAAAGUCCACAGGAGAAGAGAAAAUCACUUAACUGGCAAUAAGAGAAAAGUCACACAGUGGGUGGUGGUAACCCACGUUGUGAAUCCAAGUCACUUCUACGUUCGCUAUGUGGCUGAAAUUAGGGAGAGUGAGAUUCUGUCUAAGAAGAUUAGUGACCUCUGCUGUAAAGAUGGCUGUCUCUUCAAACUGGAAGACACAGUUGAGAGUGGCUCCCUGAUUUUUGCCAAGUGUAAGGAGGGAGUAUGGAGUCGCAGCAGAGUGGUCAAAGUCUUCCAGAACGGCUCUGUGGAGGCUGUGAAAGGUUGCAUAGUCACUCAGCUGGCCAGUGUGCAAGUUUUUUUCCCAGACUAUGGGUUCACCAAAAGCAUCUUCAUACAGAGCACCUUUUCCAGUAAGGAGAGGACGACCGAGUCUUCACUUAAGGCUGUGAACAGCCACCUGAGAAAGGUGGGGGAGUUUGUGAAGGUGGACCUGGAUCAAUUUGCCCCUCAAGCCAUCAGAUGUUCACUGAAGGACCUGGUCCCAUUUGACCUGACAAAGGGCUGGAGUAGAGAGGCACAGGUUCAACUCUGCAGUAUAGUUGGCUCCUCAGCAGUGGAGAUGUGGCCUUUGGGUCAGGACAGAGAUUCCUUAUUGGUGGAUCUGAGGAAGACUCCCAUGGAACAAUCCACUGAUGUGCCUAUCUCUGUCAGAGAGUAUCUUGUUUUCAUUGAGGUGGCCAGGUUUUAUUCUCCAGUGACCCUGGACAGGAAACCUCUGAUGUACUACCCUCCUGUUUAUCCGCAGAUAAACAAAGAGCUCAAUGCUGUGGUCUGCCACAUCAACAACCCUGCUGACUUCUACAUUCAGCUGGUUGAUAACAUGGAGUCCUUGCUGCUCUCAGCCAAACUUCAGGAUUGUUACAAUGCGACACACAUGUAUGGAGAAGAGGAGCUCAGGGUCUACUGCCCUGUGAUUGGACAGGCCUGUGCUGCCCGCUUUGAAGACAAGCUGUGGUACAGAGCUCAAGUCAUUGGUCAUCCAGGGCAAAGGAAGGUGGAAGUGCAGUAUGUUGAUUAUGGCAAUAAGAAAAUAUUGUCAGUCAGUGACUUGAGGAAGAUCAAAGAUGAGUUCUUGGCCCUUCCUGCUAAGGCAAUUCCCUGCAGUUUGGCAGAUGUGAUUCCUGUGGAUGGAAAAACCUGGAGUGAAGCUUGCACCAACAGAUUCAUCAGCCUAGCUCACCAACAGUGUGUCACUAUUGUAGCUACAGAAACAGUCUCAAAGAAUAAGUCUUUGCCUAUCAAAGUGUUUGAGAGUGGCUUGAACGGGCCAGAGGCCAACAUAGCAGAGUUGCUGGUUAAAGAGGAGCUAGCCUGUUUCAAAGAGGGGCUGGAGUUAAAAAACAAACACUCUGUUGAUGAUUCUGCCAUAUGGGACCCUCCACUUGAACUUACCUCACUGGCAGAGGAAGUUGAUACCCCAGAGCAGAUUAUCUCUGGAGAGGAGGACCCACUUCAGCCUCAGAUGAAGCUUCCUGUCCAGCUCAAAGACCUGAGAGUCAGGGUCAGCUUUAUCAAUUCGCCCAGCAGCUUCUACAUCCAGUUCACCCAGAACAACUCUCAACUCAAAAGGAUAUGUGAACUCGUGAAGCAGGAGUGUACACAAGCUGAGGCCCAGGAUGUGGUGUGGAAGGCAGACAUGUACUGUGCUGCGCAUAUUAAUGGCGUCUGGGAGAGAGGACAGAUCUGCUCUGACGUCACAUCAGACAACAUUGCAGAAGUGAGGCGCUGUGACCAUGGCAACAAGGUGAUGGUUCAUGUCAGCAGCUUGAGGUUGCUGCCAUCCUCCUUAAUGGGCUCCUUUGCACUUGAAUGCACGAUCAGUGACAUCAGGCCAGCUGGAGGCCGAUCCACUUGGACUGAUACGGCCUGUGAUGUGUUCUGCUACUACCUGACUGGAGCUUCUGCUUUAAUGACCAUCAAGGAGUUAACAGAUGAGCGUCCAGUCCCUGUUACUCUGUUCUGCUCCAACAAAAUGGGGCGGUUUAUCAGCAUUGCCGACUUUCUGGUCAAUGAAGGCCUUGCCCUCAGGGAACGAAAAACAAGACCCACUGUUGUUCAGGAACCCAAAGAAACUGAUGCACAGACUCCAGCCAGUGAGAGUCCAACUAGUGAGGAGAAAAAAACUUUCACGCACCCAGAUAUUUCUUCUGGCUCUCCCUCAUCUUCCAUCAUUUCUGUUCCCUUCCGUCCAAAACCAACUGCCCGCACCAUUAUGUCUCCUGAAAAGGUGGCGACUUCGUUGUACCUCCCACCAGAACUACCAUGUCUCGGUCACGUCCAGAUGACUGUUUCUGCUGUUGGAGACGAUGGUCUCAUUUAUGUCAGAACACAGAAUGCAGACUAUCAACUACAGCAGCUUAGAAAGAAGAUUCAGCAGAGCAUAAAGACAUUGCCCAGACAGAAGCCCUACACCUGGAGGUCUGUCCAAGGCUGUGCUGUCUUUGGACCGGACAUGCUGUGGUACCGAGGACAGCUGCUGGAGCUGCUGGGAGGACACGUUAAGGUACAGUAUGUGGAUUAUGGCCUGGUGGAGAACAUCCCAGUGGUCCAUGUGUACCCCAUCCUACUGUGUGGUGAUGUUCCUCAGCUCUGUAUGUCCUGUCAGCUGCUCAGCAUCAACCCUGUUGGUGGUAAGUGGCAGCGGGAUGCAGUGGCCUUGAUGAGGGAGGCAUUACUGAGCCGCUCUGUUGACCUGCAAGUUGUGGAGCUGCCAGCCAACCCAAGGGAGCCCCUCACAGUCGAGCUCUUUUUGGAUGGUUUGAGUUUCAGUAAGGUCCUGUGUCACCUUGAGCAUGCUUCUAUGAACUGGACUCUCUCAACACAAAAGGGGGUCACAGUGUUGCCUGCUGCCAGCCUUCUAGAUGACUGGGAUUUCAAUACUGAGGGUCUGAUGGAGCAAGAGGAGCUGAUGCUUGAGCCUUUUAUAAACCCAAACUUGCCCAAGGAGGGGAAGGACUUUCAAGUCAUGGUCAAGCAUCUGUGGACUCCUAAUGAGCUGUUCCUGUGGCCUUUGGAGGAAACAGAUGUGGAGAUUGAUAAAGAGACUCUUGAUGAAGCUUUGACCAGAAUCAAUGCAAACAUCAAAACUCUUCCACGACUCACCAGCUUUCCGUGUGAUGGUCCAUGUAUGGCAGAGUACAGUGAUGGCAAGUACUACCGGGCCAAGCUGUUGAAAAUUACCAGCGUAGAGCCCGUCAUGAUCCUGGUUCAACAUGUAGACUUCGGCUCCGACGACACACUUCCCACCAGCAAACUGCGUCAGAUACCAGCUGAGCUGCUGCAGUUUCCACUGCAGGGACUAAAAGUUAAAGUUGCUGGCUUCAAGGCCCCCAGUGUGAACAGGGAGGAAGACGUGCUGCCCUACAGCCCGGGUUGGAGUGUGAAGGCUGCAUUGGACAUGAUUGAGCUGUUGCAUGGCAACAUCAAAGCUACUGUUGUGGCCCGAGAGCCAGAGCUGUCAGUGCUGCUGUACAACAAGGACAAAGAGUUGGUCCACCUGCCUCUGGUGAACAACGGGCUAGCUGAGCUGGAGUGAAGGAUGUGACACUGCUCCAGCUAAAGAUCAACCACAUCUCAUCUGUUUCCAUGGAGAUGACGCGUUUGAGGAUCGUCUUGAUUUCAUUCUGUUGUACUGCUGUUUCUACUUUUUACAUAAUGCAGAAAAGUUGCAUCAGUCUUUAUUGUUCCUGCUGAGCAUUUUUUUUUUUUUGACUGCUGUUUUUGAGUGAGCCUUAUGUAGUUGGCGCUUUGUUUUCUACUUGUUUGAGUCAUGUGAGAGCAGACUCCAUUGUUCAACAAAAUAUUAAAAGGUUCACAAUAAAGUUCUCAAUAUUA